AACCUUCCACGAAAGGAACCCGACCAAACCGGCGAGCCAUGGUACGGUCUUGUCUUUUGCUGCCCUGGAUCCUUCCGAAUCUUGCUCGAGGUUCUCAGACCUUGGAAUGGCUCUUCGACAUGGGUGGUGGUCAGCAGGUCUUCCCCCUCAUGGACUUCGUGGCCUCCGAGUCCCAGGAGAUUGAUGCCUUCCUGGAGCAACAGCGACAGCGCCUCGUGAUGCCGGGAUCCAGCCUGACGCAGAUCCACGACGAAGCGGCCCACGUGCGGCAUCAGAGCGCCGCAGCGAAUGAAGUGGCACUGGCAGAUUGGCUUCUGCAGAUUCAUUGGAGCAGCUUACUGGACAGUGACUUGGGUCGAGGCAUCCUGGCAGAGCUUUCGGCCGUCACGCCGCAGAUCGAGUCGUCUCCCUGCGAUGCCGCCUCCUACGACGUGGACGAUGUGUUCCUGGAGCGCCUGGAACGAUCCCUCCAGGGCAUUGAGACGCUGCCCUUGGAGCAGAACGAGUUCAAGUGGGCGGAUUUCUUCGGGCGCAAGAUCACCCAACAACCGCUCUGCCUGGUGGGCGUGGCCACGCUGUUUUUGGUCGCUGCCGACAUCACCGCCUUUGCCUCCGCGGCGGAGGGCGGUGAGCACCAGAUGCGCCUCGAGCGCGCACUGCUCUUCGCGCAGAGCCUGGUGCGUCAGCAUGUGGAGGAAGCACCGCCGGGGCAGAUUGAUCGGCAUCGCCGGGAUUUGUUCAGGAGCUGCUGGCCAAUUUGGAGACUGAUGAGAAGUAUUCAGAAGGAGCUCGAUGCCGGCCAUGAGUUCCGUGCUCCCCAGAAUGCUGCGCUGGAUACUCCCCAACAAGAGACAGAGGACUUGCUCUACUUGACGGUGAUCGUGCAGUGCCGGAAUGACGACUAUGGUGGAAACAUGUUGUUGCGGUUAAACCGCAUGCUGGCGACCACGACGCGGAUGUUGCACACCACCCAGGUCCCGUCUGAGAUCAUUGUCGUCGAAUGGAAUCCGGUCUUCAACGCUGCGGCGAUUCACGAGGAGAUUCAGCGGGAAGCUGGCGCGGAGAGCGUGCCCAUCCGUGUGAUUCAAGUGCCGACCUCCGUGCACAUGUCCAUGCCGCAUCACAAGGCCCAUCCCAUUUUCGAGCACACGGCGGAGAACGUGGCAUUCCGAAGGGCUAGAGGGAAGUUCAUUUUGAAGACCAACAUUGACAACAUCCUAAGCCCAGAUACGAUACUCUUUAUUGCUCGGCAGCAGCUGGAUCCGAACGUGGUCUACCGAGCAACGUACAUGGAAUACGAUGUGACCUGUCCAGAAGCGGAAGGUUUGAAGGCGGAUGAGCUCGUCGAGUGGCUCUUCUCAAGAGAGGAGAUGAUCUCUGGGAUGAAUAUGGAGAUGGCCGACCUCCGCUUGAAAUAUCCCGAAGAUGCUUUGGUGUGCACUGAGGGGCGCUUCGUGCCGGAUGCGCCACAAAGGCCCUUUUAUUGGGCGGGGAGUGGCGACUUUGUCCUGGCCAGCAAGCAAAAGAUUAUGGAGGUGCGCGGCUACCCUGAGGUGGCGCAAAACUGGCAGACGGAUGACAUGAUCCACUGUCGCUUGCGUGCCGCUGGCGUUCGGCAAGUGGUGCUGCAACCGCCCUGCGUGACGGUGCACCAGAACCACCGCCGUGGCGCGGCGGGGGUCCACGGGUGGUGAGAUCAGAACGAGAUCACAACGACUCAAAGGCAGAAAAGGAAGAAGACCUUCUGAGCCAAGGAUGCUUAGGUGAUGUAGAAGAAAAAAGACUCAAUGGCAGAGCAGAACCAGCCAGAAAUUCCAGAAUGAUGCAAUGACUUUCUUCCGUUUGUAGGGACACUCCUAACCCUGUCCGAACAACCCGCUUGAAUUUAAAGCUUCAAAGAGUGUGGGGCAGUUGCGCGUGAGUUGGAGUCGGUUUGAACCCAAACCGCUCAGGCUUAGGAACGUCAACGAAAUUGGCAGACACCAAAGGCAGAUUCCAAACAUUUUAGCUUCCGAAGCUCAUUCUGCAAGCCAGUUCCGCAUUUUUUUUCACCACCACAUCCACUUUGUUCUCCCAAGUCUGGCACACUCAAGAGUCUGGAGGACAGUUUGAAGAUCUGAUUCUACACCCUGGAUCACCCUGGAAGAAUAACGUGGAACCUGAAAACAACAUAAAACAACUGGGUUGUAGAGGAAACUAGUUCCAUGUUAAUUUUCCCGGAUGUAUUUGGUUGAGUGGUGGUGAGUGGACUUGUUUGGGCUUGUGUUGUGUUGGCAUCCACCAGUCAGCCAGUCAGCGCUCGACUGAGGCAUCAACCGCGUGCGUGCCAGCACACGCUGGGUGAUCACUGACAAGAACUUCCAGGAGGUUUGUGAGAACCCCUUCAAGCCCUUGAAGACCGAGAUCGGCCACUCGUCGGAUUUUUUUGCUGAUAAGUGCUAGGAUGAUGUCGGAAUGAUCAGAUGAGCGCAGAUGGUGGGCUGGGCCAAUGGCCCCUGAGUCCCUGAGUGAGAGCGAUUGGGGUGCCAGCCUGGUAUGUUCGACACUGCACAUUGAUUCUCAGAUAGCCAUUGGGCGUCCUUUGGGCCUUCGACAUGAUGACGAUGCCGACGAUGCCGCCGCCGCCGACGACGACGAGGAGGACGAGGAUGAUGAUGAUGAAGAAAAUGAAGAUGAAGAUGAAGAUGAAGAAGAAGAAGAAGAAGAUGAUGUUUUUUUAUGAGAGUGCUCGUGUGAUUGGUGAUGCUUGGAGUCAAAGAAGGCAGCUGUAUUGCAUUCCUCCCUAUACUGAAUCCGCCACGUCGGAAUGUGGUCAAACAAGACCAACACCCCAACACAAUAGAGGUACCAGGUGCACACCAGGCUUUGUUGAAAGGGCUGUCUCAAGCAUGAAGUUCGUAGUCCUUUGCAUUCCGUGGGCUCAGUCCGUGACCCUGAUGUGACCCGGUCGCAUCGGGCCCCUCAUCCGGAUUAGCACCCAAAGUUCCAGUAAAAGAUUGUACAGAUUUAUGUGGACAGGAUGUCUAGAUACAUUUCCAUAAAUUGUUGCAGUACCAGUUAAGCGUUAGGAAUGCACAGGGCACCCCAUCCAGGGAAAUCGAUCAUUCACCAUACAUGGUUUCUUUCGGCACCCAGAUCUUGGUGGUCUUCCCCGAAGCCGCUGAGGUCUGGAUGGGAAUUGGGGAUUCGCAGACCGGACCUUUGAAGAGCAUGUGGUGUAAAACGACAGACCCAUCGUGCUGGCUGCCGCUGGGUAUGGGUGUUGUUGGGCUUCACGAGCAUCACCCGGCGUGUUGAUGUCAAAGCGAUUCACGGCGUUUUGAGGGCCAUGGGCCAUGUUCAUUGGACGCUCC